AUGAAAGGCGGUGCAAUUUGCAACCUGCCGCAUGGUUUUUCUGCAAUUUUGCGGCAGGGUAUUCAAAAAUUGGGAUUUUUAAGUGAAAUUUCUGGAAAAAACUUGAAAAAUGAUAAAAAAUCACAGGGAAAAGCUGGAAAUUCGAGUUUUUCCAGCAAAAUCGCCUCGAAAAUGCCGAAAAUCUUCACCUACAAUGCGAAACCAAUCUCAACAUUCUACACCGAUUCAAUUCCCUCCAAAUCCCACACCAGAACCACCGAUCAUUUUCCGAUGCUCAAAAAAUUGAAAAAACCUCGAAAAUCGCUGGGACAAUUGAAAUUCGAACAUUGUAAUAUUGGAGCGGCUGAGGAAACUGCGUCGAUUAUUUCGAAACCAUCAUUUUUGAGAUUGUCGGUGGCCAAAACCCCGGGAAAACCACCGAAAGGCUCGAUUUCCAGCGAAAAAAUAUUGAUUGAUUUGGGAGAUUGUCAUUGGAUGAGAGUUUGGAUAACUAAAACGAGGUGGGAAUUCAUUUUUGGGGCGAAAUUUGGCACAUUUUGAUACCCAAUUUGAUAUAGUUUGGGUUACUGUAGGUGAUUUUCGAAAAAUUGUGCCACAAAUUCCGAAAAUUCUGGUAGAUCAUGAAAUUUGGCACAUUUUGACACCCAAUUUGAUAUAUUUCCGGGUUACUGUAGGUGAUUUUCAAAAAAUUGUGCCACAGAUUCCAAAAAUUCUGGUAGAUCAUGAAAUUUCGCGCAUUUUGAUCCCUAAUUUGAUAUAUUUCGGGUUACUGUAGGUGAUUUUCAAAAAAUUGUGCCACAAAUUCCGAAAAAUCUGGUAGAUCAGAAGAAUUGGGCAGAUUUUCUACAGUAACCCUAGAGAUUUUCUACAGUAACCCUAGCGAAAAAUGUAGAUCGUGAAAUUUAGCGCAUUUUAAUACCCAAUUUGAUAUAUUUCGGGUUACUGUAGGUGAUUUUCAAAAAAUUGUGCCACAAAUUCCGAAAAAUCUGGUAGAUCAGAAGAAUUGGGCAGAUUUUCUACAGUAACCCUAGAGAUUUUCUACAGUAACCCUAGCGAAAAAUGUAGAUCGUGAAAUUUAGCGCAUUUUAAUACCCAAUUUGAUAUAUUUCGGGUUACUGUAGGUGAUUUUCAAAAAAUUGUGCCACAAAUUCCGAAAAAUCUGGUAGAUCAGAAGAAUUGGGCAGAUUUUCUACAGUAACCCUAGAGAUUUUCUACAGUAACCCUAGCGAAAAAUGUAGAUCGUGAAAUUUAGCGCAUUUUAAUACCCAAUUUGAUAUAUUUCGGGUUACUGUAGGUGAUUUUCAAAAAAUUGUGCCACAAAUUCUGAAAAAUCUGGUAGAUCAUGAAUUUUUUCGCUAAAACUUACAGUAACCCUGGGAUUUUUGACGCUAUAAAUGUAGAUCAUGAAAUUUGGCACAUUUUGACACCCAAUUUGAUAUAUUUCGGGUUACUGUAGGUGAUUUUCAAAAAAUUGUGCCACAAAUUCCGAAAAUUCUGGUAGAUCACGAAUUUUCUACAGUAAUCCGAGAGAUUUUUGCGCGAAAAAUUAUGUGGGGUUACCGUAGAAUGUGAUCUACAGUAGCUCAUAUUUUUGGGUCCAAAACCAUUUUGGGAUACUGUAGAAAAUUGUGCCACAAAUUCCGAAAAUUCUGGUAGAUCACUUUUUCAAACCCAAAAUGCAUCAUUUUUGACGGGAAAACCUGGUUUCAGCGUCAUUUUUCGCGCCAAAACCUACAGUAAUCUAGGAAAAAUUGAUUUUUCCAGUAAUUGGGAAAAAGAUUAUGCCAAAACUAUUGAUCGAGAAAUUGGCCAAACUAUUGAUUUUAUUUUUGGAGCUGGAAUUGGCUUUUUGCCAGACCGUGAAAAUGCUAUAAUCAUACCGUACUCUCCCGAAAAUAUUGCAAAAAUAUCGAUUGAUCACCAUGGCGAUGGGCUGGCACAAAUUUCGUUUGGUGAAAAUUUGGGCAAUUUUUUGAAUUCCUGGUCCUUUAACAUGCCAAUUUUGAAGGAAUCUGGUUAUUUUGUAUAUUUGAUUCGCGCGCCAAAAUGCCGUGCAAAUUUUGAUGUGGAUUUUGGGGCAUUGGGUCUGUUUGGAGCUGGAGGAGAUGGAGCUAAACCGUAUAGUCGAAUUGAAUUCAAGCAGUGUGAGAUUCGAAUGAUCCAAAAAUGA